AGUUGUGCUCGUUGAGGCGCGCGCAAUUUAUGCCUUGGACGCGUACAUUCCGCGUCCGCGUUUUCAUCAAAUAUAGCAAUAUAGCUGCUCCCAUAAGUCAUAGUCUACAAUACAUCCUCUCUCUCUCUCUCUCUCUCUCUCUCUCUCUCUCUCUCUUUCAUCGGAUUCCAAUCAAACAACAAUCGUCCUUUGCUGAUCAAACAUGGGUGGUGGAAAGGAUAAGCAUGAUGAAUCUGACAAAGGGUUAUUCUCACACCUUGGUCAGUAUGGUUCCUCUGGAUACCCUCCAGGCCAGUACCCUCCGCCUCCUGGGGCAUACCCGCCACAAGGAGGAUACCCGCCACAAGGAGGAUACCCUCCGCAAGGAGGAUACCCUCCACAAGGCUAUCCGCCUCAGGGGCACUACCCACCUCAAGGCUACCCGCCAGCAGGGUACCCUCCUGGUGCUUACCCACAAUCUGGAUAUCCUGGCUCAUCUGCUCCACAUCAAUCAGGACAUGGCUUGGGGGGAUUGCUAGCUGGGGGUGCUGCUGCAGCAGCUGCUUAUGGUGCUCACAAUCUCACCCAUGGCGGCUCACACUAUCCACAGGGCUCACACUAUCCACAGGGCUCCUACUAUCCACAGGGCUCCCACUAUCCACAGGGCUCCCACAUGAAUCACGGAAAAUUUAAGCACCACGGCGGCAAGUUCAAGCACGGCAAGUUUGGGAAGCAUGGGAAGCAUGGGAGUCAUGGUUAUGGGGGGGGAAAGUUCAAGAAGUGGAAGUGAUCCCGUUUAUGGGGGUGAAUUCAGUCUUGUUGACUCUAUAAGACAAUUUCUGAUCCUGGUUUUCUAUAAAUAAACCAUACUUUUGUAUGAUUUCUGUUGCAAGUAUUUGCGGAAGUUGCAGGCUGACAUAAUUACGAUAUAUAUGUUUCUUCUAUUAUUUGUCGCA